UUUUUGUUUUUUUACAAAAACAAUUUUACUAUUUAUCUCCCUUCUAUUUAUCUCCCUUAUGGUUACUACGCUACAAUGUAAACAUAGACUAUAGGUGCGAGUAGCGCGGGAACUAUGAACGUAUGUACCUGUAAUGGAGGGGUAUUCAUCGGAUGACGAUAGCGAUACUUUGUCUGAAGGUUCUGACCUACAAUUAUUUAGCGAUUACGAGUUUUCAUCCGACACAGACAGUGACAAUGACACCCAGCAAACAGAGUCAUCGAUAGAGGCAGACAGUCAACAAACAGAGGCGGGUGAGGAUGACUUUUGGUCGUAUGAUCUCCAUCCAGUGGAUGUAGCACCAUUUACAGAGCCAGUAGGACCAGAACACAAUCUUCUACCUGAUGAUGACUUGAUUAAGUAUUUUUACUUGAUGAUAAAUGAAGAAUUCUUUGAAAUUGCGGCUCGGGAGACUAACAGAUAUGCAGAGCAGGAAAUGACACGGAAAGGUUCCCGCGAUUCUGUUUGGUAUGCCACGACAGGUGUUGAAAUGAAAGCCUUUUUUGGAAUGACUAUUAUUAUGGGGAUAAACCAAGUGCCUCGUAUUGAUAUGUAUUGGUCCGAAAACCCGUUUGUUGGAAAUGCUGGUUUCAAAACAUGCAUGACGAGAACAAGAUUCGAAAAAUUACUGCAAUAUCUGCAUAUCAAUGACAACGAUGCUCAGGCACCUGCUGGAUCACCUAAUUUCGACAGAUUUCAUAAAAUCAGGCCUCUUAUCAACAUGACGAGAGAAAAUUUCAAGAAGGUUUACAAACCAGGGAAGUGCCAAAGCAUCGAUGAGGGCAUGAUAAGGUACAAAGGACACCAUUAUGCCCAGCAGUACACCCCAGGAAAACCAAUAAAACGUGGUCUGAAGAUAUGGAUGAGAUGUGAACCAAGCGGCUACACGAAUGACUACAGGGUGUACCUUGGUAAACACGAUUCUAUGUGUGGUCCAUCAUUAGGGGAACGGGUUGUCAAACAUUUAUGCAAGCCUCUGAAGUGGAAAGGUCACCAUGUUUUUUUUGACAGAUAUUUUACUUCCAUUCCACUCCUCCAAACUUUGGAAUCUUACGGGAUAUAUGGAUGUGGCACAAUUAUGUCAAACAGGAAAGGGUUUCCAUUACAGCUCAGGAAUCCACACCUUCCUGAGAGGGGCGAUGCUGAGCAGAUGCAGCACAAUAAUCUUGUUGCCACAGUCUGGAAUGAUGCUAAACCUGUUCACAUUGUAUCUACAACUUCUGACCCUCUUGGAGAUGGCCCAGCUCAGAGAAAGGUUCGGGGCGGAGGUGUAAUUGUUAUUCAGCGGCCACCUGCUGUGGAACUCUAUCAGGAAAACUACUAUGGGGUAGAUAGAACUCAGCAAUAUAGGUCGAAGUGCCCUGUAGGCCGUCCGUCCAAGAAAUUUUGGAAGUAUCUGGUGAAUUUUAUUUUUGAAAUUUCGCUAAUUAAUACCUUCCUGCUUUGGUUAGAGACCCCAGAUACAAAAAAACCAACGAAACAUUUCUCGAUGAUCGACAGCAAUCUAGCCAUCGCAGAGAAACUUAUUGGUGACUUUUCUAGCAGGAAGCGAGCGCCUUCGACUGAACGGGGGUUUCCAUGUAUUAGUGUUGCCAGUAUCGACAGACAUAUUAGCACAAAGCUGACGAGACCACGUGGAAAAUGUAAGCAGUGCACACAGAACGGUCGAAGAAGUGACACAUUUUUUGGCUGUAGCAUUUGUAAUGUACAUCUUUGUAGAGGAGCUUGUUUUCAGGCCUUCCAUGCUAAUCACAACUUGCUUGCAUAA